CCUCCCCCAGAAGCUGGCAGGUUUUUCCAACGCCUCUCAGCGGUGCAUCACGGAGGUUUGGAAGCGGGUGGGGAAGACGCGGGCAACGACUGACCCUAUUACACUAAAAAUUGUACUCGGGGUUGGUUUGCCCGGACCGAUUUCCAGCCUAAUACCAGCAUACCUUCUCUCACAUUUCAACCCAGCCCUGACAUACCCUCUAAUGUCGGAUUUCAAGCUUGGGAUUGUUCGACUUGGCCGUGUGGCCGGGAAGACAAAGUACACUUUGAUUGAUGAGCAAGACAUACCAUUAGUGGAAAACUAUGCCUUUGAGGCUCGCAUGGAAGUUGAUGCAGAUGGGAAUGGGGCAAAAAUCUUUGCUUAUGCCUUUGACAUCGGUAAGGGUAGAUGGGCUGGUCGACCACUGCAUGAGUUACUCUGGGAAAAGCACAGAGGAGGAAUCGCUCCAAGUUUCCAAGUAGUUCACAUAAACUCAGUCACAGUUGACAACCGUCUAGACAACUUGCGCCUUGUUCCUGUGGGAUGGAGUCCCAAACCAGAAGAACUGUCCAGCAAACAACGAGAGCAGUCGCUGUACUGGCUGGCCAUCCAGCAGGUUCCCGCAGACCCAGUGGAAGAGCAGUAUUUGGAGUUGAGUCGCACACGCUACUACAAUGCCAAUGGAGAGCUGGUGGAAGAGGAGGAGUGCUCUUGCACCUACUAUGAGUGUCACUACCCACCCUGUUCGCUCAUUGAGAGGAGGCUGAGGGAGUUUAACAUCUGCGGCCGAUGCCAGGUGGCACGCUACUGCGGCUCACAGUGCCAACAGAGGGAUUGGCCGGCCCAUAAGAAGCAGUGCCGUGAGCGUAAACGGGUUCUGGCGCUGGAGUCUGAGCCCGAGCGAUGAUCCCCCUCGACCCCAGUUUGAAAAACGAGGGUCACAGGGGAUGUGGGGUGAGACUUGAGUUGAAAUGCAAAAACUGACUGGUUGGCUAGGGGACAAUUUUGGUGGGUUGGAUGGGCCUAUUGUGGGGGGGGGAAAAACAUACUUCCCAGAACUUUUACAUCUCCACAACUUGUCUAUGGGGAUUAUGGGAAAUGGAGUUUUUUUUUUUUUUUUUUUGUUGAGAAGGGAGGUCUUAAAAGCUCCACCUGCUGCUAUGGAUGCGUUUGAUGAAGAAAAACACCAUGCCGUCAUAACUCUUUCUCUAUGGACUGCAUUUGAGUAUUGACAGUCAUGCGCUCGCUUGUUCCAUCCACCCUUCUGUCACGAAGUAUUAGCCGCCGAGGGACAAAACUGCUGUACAACUGAUGGGAUGGAAUAUGGACCUCCUCACUGUACUACACUUCCUUCUCCUCUUCUCCCGGUUGAACUUCUUGUGCACAUAACCAAGCACAGUCACUCACCUGCCAUACCUUCUACAAGUAUACAGUUGAUAGCUGUGCAAAACCACACCACCAGUAUUGUGUGUGUGCAAUGCCAUUUUUUGACUGAAGGACAUGGAUGAAGUGGUUGAAUGUUUUGGUUUGUUUGUUUUGUUUGUUUGUUUGUUUGUUUGUUUUGUUUUUUGCUUUGCUUUAUGGAAAUUUUGUGGGGGCUGGUGUCGGGGAAUAUGCCUUCUUUGGGAGGCAGCGUCACUUUUCCUGUCUACCUGUUUUUUUUUUUUUUUUUUUUUUUUUUAAAGCAUUACAAUCCUAUUUACUCUUCCCACUCAUGUCAUGUUUAGUUUCACUUACCAUAACAAGCACUCAGUUUAGAGGGAUGUCCUGGGAAAAACUUGAAAACCCACAUGGAAAGUUGACUCUGAUUCAUGUUGUCAAUGUGUACUUGGAUGUCUAACAUUUUCAUUUGGGUCCCAGUCAUUCAGUGAUUAGUCGUCUUGUUUGUCUUAAAAUCUUUGUCAAAAUUUGUUUAACUUAUGAAUUGUUUUACUUUUUUUUUUUUUUUUUUUUUUUUUUUUUUUAAUGUCUCAUUUUGAUAUAAAAAUAUGUGCACACAAGUUCCAAGUGUGUCUUCCUCUUACGUCAAGGGCAACUCUACCAAACUGUGACGCGCACACACAAAUAAGCAUGUAUAAUAGAUGCAUACAUGUGACGUUUGUCUGCGUUCGUAUUCCGAAUAAUUUAUCUGGUUGGGGUUGAACACUGUGCACUGAAUAUCCUCACUUUGAUUCUUGUUCUUUUCUGAGAAAUGGGAGUCUGGGGUAGGUUGGUGUCUGUUCUUUUUAUUUUUUUCUAAGCUAUUACCAUACAAACAUUAAAUGCAUAAAUAUGUGAAUGGACAAAGUUUGUGAUAACUGACCAUCUCUUGUCACUGUAAAAUAUAAGAAUAAAAUUAAUGAAAUAAAAUCUCAAAAUAUGUAAAGGUUAA